AUGGCAACACAAGGCUGGUGUGCAGAUAGGUUGGGGGAUUGGCUGAAGAGAAAUCCAACUAAAGGUCCAAAGGAUUGUAAGGAAAAAUUAGAGGGGGAUUAUGGUAUCAAGCUCAAGUACUCCAAAGCAUGGUCAGGCAUGAAGGUAGCACUAGAGCAGAUCCAUGGAAAGUAUGAGGAGAGUUUUCAGCUUCUUUUCAACUGGAAAGCUCAGAUUGAGCAGUCAUCACCUGGCAGCAUAGUGCAGAUAGAGUGUGAGAGGGUUCAGAAGAAGCAAAGGUUCAGGAGAAUGUUUGUAGCUCUUAGACCUUGUAUUGAUGGAUUUCUAGAGGGGUGCAGACCAUUUAUAGGUGUUGAUGCAUCCAAUUUGUAUGGCAAGUACAGAGGACAGUUGGCAUCCGCAACUGGUGUAGAUGGCCACAAUUGGCUGUAUCACAUUGCAUAUGUAAUUUUUGAUAAAGAGAAUGAGGACAACUGGGUUUGGUUCAUGGAACAGUUGCACAGAGCCAUUGGCAAUGUUCCAAACCUAGUUAUUUGUACAGAUGCUUGUAAAGGUCUAGAGACAGCAGUUGGAACUGUAUUCCCUAAUGCUGAAAAUAGGGAAUGCAUGAGGCACCUGUACCAGAAUUUUAUGAAGCAGUACAUAGGUGAUGUCUUCACUGAUCACCUGUAUCCAGCUGCUAGGAACUACACAACUGGAAUGUUCCAGUGGCACAUGAAGAAAAUAUUUGAGUUUGCACCUGACACAAUUGAGUAUCUGGAGACACACCACAGUAGAAUAUGGUAUAGAUGUGGGUUCUCUGAAAACAGCAAGUGUGAUUACUUGACCAAUAAUGUGUCAGAGAGUUUCAAUGCUCAAGUGAAGAAGUUCAAAGGGUUGCUGUUGCAUGAACUAGUAGACAAGCUAAGGGAGCUCAUAAUGGAAAGAGAUACUUGA